UUUCCAUAUUGCCAGGGAUUGGGGUUCCAACUGCAGCUGAAGGAUGAGAGCUGGAAAUGAUCAUGGUAACUCCUCUCCUAAUCAUGAUCGGCGCUGGAACUGGAAUUCCACCGUUCCCCGGACUCUAUUCCCUCGGCUGGAUGAAGACAGAGGUAUGUAUGCUCCUUGGAGAUUGUUCGAGGAAAGAGUGAGGACUGGACCCUAUGGCUUAACCCGCUUUCCAUUACGACCUUAUUCGCCGAUACGGAUCCUUCUUGUUCAUGGCGAAGAGGAGGAUAGGGUGAACCCGAGGCUUCGACAGUUUAUCCAACAAUCCCCACCACGGAUCCGGGGAGAGUGGCAUCUAGGGCCAGGCUCGGAGCCGGAGGACCCCGGCUUAAGUGAGGAGGAGUUCAAGAAAGCUAUGAAAAAGGUCAGGAAGCAUAUAUAUAAUCCUCCCUACCCCAGGCGGAGGGCAUGGAAGCGAGGCCUUUUCAGCAGGAGAAGCAGCAAUGUACCUAAUGAGGAAGAUGAUGAGAAGGAUGAAGAGAAGCACUGCACCAUUUGCUUGGAAACCUUCCAACCCAACGAGCAAGUAAUGAUGACUCCAUGCAACCAUAUGUUCCAUAAUGACUGUUUGGUUCCAUGGGUGAAGGGCCACGGCAAGUGUCCGGUCUGUAGGUAUGUGCUUUGUGAGAGAAGGGAGACCACGUUAGCACGUAACGUUGGUCACAAUAAUAAUUACUACAGCAACAACUCUGGGUACAGCAACGCAAGCUAUGGGGGUGGUGAUGACGACUUGGCUGCGGACUUCAUCAGGCUGGUAAGGGCGAUGGAGGAGGCUUUCAAUUGGGUUACCGACUCGCUGCCUGGUUCAUAUCGUUAGAUGAGACGUGCCUUUUGUUUGUUGACACCUCUCUCUCUCUCUCUCUACUUGGUUGCCUAAGUCCUACGCAGGCAUAUAAUAAAGUAGUGAUUGCUCCUUAUGGUGCUUAAUUUCAUGUAUGGGCAUGUAUCAUCCUGAGCCUCACAAUGAAAAGAGAGAAAGGAAAGAAAAUAAAAACUUGCUAUCAGUUGCUU